GCGGCCUUGCUGCCCCAACGACCGUGGAGCAGCGGGCGGCAUGGACGGCCUGUUCGUGGAGGAGGUGGCCGCGUCCCUGGUCAGGGAGUUCCUGAGCAGGAAGGGUUUAAAGAAGACGUUUGUGACCAUGGAGCAGGAGCGUCCGCGCUCUGACCUCAGUAUUAACAGCAGGAACGACCUCCGGAAGGUCUUGCAUCUUGAGUUUCUCCACAAAGAGAACAAGGCAAAGGAAAACCCUCUAAAAACAAACCUUGAACUCAUUACCAGAUACUUUUUGGAUCACUGUGGAAAUUCAACUAACACUUUCACAAAAGAGACACCAAUCCCUAUACUCUCAAUGCCAAAGAAAAGUACCAAAUUGCUGCCGAAGUGCUCAGAGACCAUGUUGGUAGACAUAUACGACUUAGCAGAUGAAGACGCAGGAUGGAGAACCUCAAUGUCAGAGACCAGCAGAACUAGACACAAUACUCACGAUGGGGAGACGCUUGGUAGUUUAGUAUCCCCCAAAAAGCAACCCCCUAGAAAUAAGCUCAUCCAGUCCAGUCCUGGUGAAAGCAGUCCCUUGGCCUCCAUGCGGGAGAGGACGGACAAGGCCCUGCUGCCUGAGCCUUCCCCAGACUCCAAGAAGAUGACAGAGAAGAUCAGGUCCAAGACUGGGCUGAUUGUCCGUGGGCUGAUGUCCAGGCCCACUCCCAGUGGCUCCCAGGAUGCCAGCCAGAAGCACUCUCUGAAGUGGUCUCUGGCCUUGAAAAGUGCGAGCCAACCUGUGAUCCCUUCCCCAGAGGAAGAAAGCCACAAAGUACCUGAGCUCUCGGCUCUUCCCAGCCCCCAGGAAGGCCGGGCUUUGAGCAACGGCUGCAUGGCCCUAAACUUCUCGGGCCAACCUGGCGAGCUGCCCUCAGACAAACAGGGUCCCAGCAGUCCAUCUCGACUACCCAGGGGCCAGUGGAGAGAUGCGGCUAUGGAUCCCCCAGCUGUGGACAGCUGCCCAAAGACUGAAAAGACACCUCUGAAGCUUUGCUUGCCAGGUGGGCCCACCAAGACAAUGCAGGAACAGCCGGAGAGAGCCUUUAGACGGCAAGGUGCCCAGCCAGCGACCCUCAGAACAAACCUCUUGCCAGCAUCCCAGAAGACCCAAGGAGAGCUGGAUGCCUUGAUGCUUGAGGAUGUGGAGGACCGACUGAUCCAGGACGACGUCAUCCUCUGCCCAGCCCCAUCGGUACUCCAGCUGCAGAUGCCAUCACAGCCAAUUGAUUUCUCUGUGGCCAAAGACAUAAAGAACAUUCUGUUUGGUUCCAGCUUCUGCUGCUUCAAUGAAGAAUGGAAGCAACAGAGCUUUUCCUUUAGUGAGGUGGCCUCGUUAAAGUACGGCAUUGUGCAGCACAAGGGGGGCCCCUGUGGGGUGCUGGCAGCUGUUCAGGGCUGUGUCCUGCAGAAACUCCUGUUUGAAGGAGAAGACGCAGCUGAUGGCAUGCGACGGCUGCAGCCUUCCAGUGCCCACAGGACGCAUUGCCUGUCCCUGGCCAUUGCUGACAUCGUGUGGCGUGCGGGUGGCCACAAGAGAGCCGUCCUCACCCUGACUUCUGGAAGGCAGCAGUUCAACCCAAUGGGGAAAUACAAAGCAGACGGUGUCUUAGAAACGCUCCGUCUCCACAGCCUGACGAGCUAUGAGGAACUGCUGCGGGUUCUCCAGCUCUGUGUUCACCAGUUUGAAGCAGGCCCGUACGGCUGCAUCCUGCUCACCGUGUCUGCCAUCCUGUCCAGGACCCCGGAGCUCAUCCGCCAGGACUUCGAUGUACCCAGCAACCACCUGAUCGGAGCCCACGGCUACUGUACACAGGAACUUGUCAAUCUGCUCCUGACCGGCCGGGCUGUGUCCAAUGUUUUUAACGAUGUGGUGGAGCUGCCUUCUGAGGACGGCGGUGUCACACUCCUCAAAGGCAUCACUGCGCGCAGUGACAUUGGCUUCCUGUCUCUCUUCGAACACUACAACGUGUGCCAGGUGGGUUCUUUCCUGAAGACCCCACGCUUCACCAUCUGGGUGGUGUGCAGCGAAAGCCACUUCAGCGUCCUCUUCAGCCUGCGGCCGCAGCUCUUACAAGACUGGCGGGCAGAGCGGUGCUUUGACCUCUACUACUACGACGGCCUGGCCAACCAGGAGGAGCAGAUCCGGCUUACCGUGGACACUACUCAGACAGUCCCUGAGGACAAUGCAAAAGACCUCACUCCACCUCUGGAACUAUGCAUCAGAACCAAGUGGAAGGGUGCUUCAGUGAGUUGGAAUGGCUCCGACCCCAUCCUGUGACCUCCAUAUGGUUCCCUAUUCAUCUCUGGCUGACGGCAGAGCCCUCGGGUCUCUAAGAAGAGCCGCAG